AAGAUUUCAAAAUCAGAAAAAAAAAAUGGCGGGAAAUCGUUCGAGCUCACAGCAACACCGCGAUUUGCUUCAAAAAAUCAAAGAGUUCACUAGGUCAAUUGUGAAAGACCUAAGCGAGGAACGAUCACCGCUGAUUUUCAUCAAACGGUUCAGAAACUACUGCACCAAUUCCGACGAAAAGUGUACUUGCAGUUCUGAUUUGUCGAAGGGAUGUGAAAUUCUAACACUUGAGAAACAGUGCCACACGCAAAGAAUUGAUGUGCUGUUGAGAGUGCUGCUAGUGGUUCAACAACUCCUCCAAGAAAACAGACAUGGGUCAAAGAGAGAUAUAUAUUACAUGCAUCCAUCUGUGUUUUCAGAACAAUCAGUUGUGGACCGAGCAAUCAAUGACAUAUGCAUCCUUCUGCAAUGCAGUCGGCACAACCUUAAUGUGGUGUCUGUUGGAAAAGGGUUGGUGAUGGGCUGGUUAAGAUUCGUGGAAGCUGGAAGGAAAUUUGAUUGCAUAAACAAUCUUAACACUGCCUACGACAUUCCUGUGCUAGUUGAGGAAAUUGAAGGUAUCAUUAGUGUGGCACAUUACAUACUGGUCGUUGAGAAAGAAUCAGUGUUCCAACGGUUAGCCAAUGAUCGGUUCUGUGCCAGAAACCGCUGCAUUGUUAUCACUGGAAGAGGGUAUCCAGACAUCUCCACAAGAAGGUUUCUGCGUCUCCUUGUGGAGAAUUUGCGUUUGCCUACAUAUUGCUUGGUAGAUUGUGAUCCAUAUGGCUUUGACAUCCUGACCACAUACCGUUUUGGUUCCAUGCAAAUGGCCUAUGAUGCAAAAUUCUUGCGCAUCCCAGAAAUCUGCUGGCUGGGGGCUUUUCCUUCGGAUGUGGAGACAUAUGGUCUUUCUCAACAGUGUCUUCUUCCCUUGACAGCCCAAGAUAAAAGGAAAACUGAAGCCAUGUUACAGAGAUGCUACCUGGAAAGGGAAGUGCCAGAGUGGAGGUUUGAGCUAGAAUUGAUGCUGCAAAGAGGAGUGAAAUUUGAGAUUGAAGCAUUGUCUGUGCAAUCCCUUUCCUUUUUGUCAGAGGAAUAUAUACCUUCUAAAAUUCAAAGUUGCCUCCAAGCAUUUAACGGUGUAGGGCAUACAUGUGACUUCCCAGUAAGUCUUUGCUCAAAUGGAUGCGUUGAAUCACGAUCCACGACUACUGCCACUAGGAUGCAGCGAGAGGUGCCCACUUCCACCCCUGACUUUACUUUAAAAUGUUUUAGCUCCUUCUGAGUGUUUUUGAAAUUGGACUUAUCUAUUCAAUAAGAAUUAUCACUUCCCUUUUUGUUUAAAGUAGAACACAGUGUGGAUGAUUGGAAUCUCCGCAUCGAAGUAGAACAAUUUUUUUG